CGCGCGAGGACGAGUAGCAGCGGGAGGGUUUGCGGACAAAGCAACCGUUCGUCUCCACGCAAUUACACAGCAGUUUCAUUCCUGAAUCUGCGUUUUGAACGAACCAAGUGAAACCACGCUUCAGCGGACCAUUCAAGACUUGAAGCGAUGCUACACACAGACCGAUUGGUGUAUGACAUCAAAGACAUACAAGGAAGAGCAUGUCGAAGAGGAAGAGCAGUAAUUCAGGACUCACUCCUGAUAAGAGAAGCCGGUUAUCUCAACCCAACCCCGAAGAGGAAGAGGAAUCGGGCUUCUUCAGUUCAGGAGAUGGCAAAAACUCAUCAAAGAGUGCUGGACUUCAUCCGGAAAAAAUGAACUUAAGAGACCUUGAGAAGGAUAAAGAUCAGCUCCACAAGCGUAUCCAAGAACUUAAACGGAGCAUAAAUCAGGCAAACUCAGCUGACACACAGGCUCGUGUGGAGAAGAUGAAUCACAUUCAGGCUGAGCUGGAAGAUCUGAGUUUCCAGGACUCCACUCUGGCUCAGCAGAUCGAUCAGUUUAAACAGGCCUGUGCCGCUGCUAAAGAAAGGCUGAGUAGAAUGAGCCGUGAAAAGCAGGACCUGCUGCAUGCGAUGGAGUCUAAGCAACGAAAACUGGCUGCUAUGGAAGAGAAACGAAAGAGUCGUUUUGGUGAGCAGAUGCCGGCACUGCUGAGGGCUAUAGAUGAGGCUGACCGGCAGGGUCAAUUCAAGAGGAAACCUGUUGGGCCACUCGGAUUCUGCAUCCGACUGCGGGAUCCGGAGCUGGGUCUUGCAGUGGAGAGCUGUCUGAAGUCUCUGAUGUUAGCUUUCUGUUGCGAUAACCACGCUGAUGAGAGAGAGUUACAGAGAAUCAUGAGUCACUGCUUCCAGCGUGGCAGAAGACCUCAGAUCAUCGUCAGCACAUUUACCAACACACUCUACAAUGUCAGCAACAGGGCUGUCAAUCACCCUCAAUACCCAACAGUGCUCCAGGCCCUUGACAUUGAGAAUCCAGUUGUGGCCAAGUGUCUGAUAGACAUGAGAGGAAUUGAAACCAUUCUGCUCAUCAAGAACUCUGCAGAAGCGAGAAGGGUCAUGCAGGGUGGACACCCACCACGCAAUUGCAGGGAGGCCUUCACAUGUGAGGGGGACCAGGUCUACAAUAACCGUUACUACUCUUCAGACCAGAACCGAGUGCAGUACCUCACUAAAGAUGUUGAAGAGGAAAUCAGACAACUGCAGUCUGCCUUACAUUCCCAGAGAACGCAAUUGGAUCGCUUUCAGCAGGACGUGCAGCAGAUUAAUGAGGACUUAAAACAGAACCAAAUUCUUCUUUGCAGAGCCUAUGAAGACCAAAAGAAGGCCCAGGAGCGUUGUCAGAAGCUUCAGGCAGAGCUGACGGAAUUGCAGAAUGUUGAGGAACCACAGUCAGAGGACUUGAAACCUUUGGGGGAGGAACUGGAGGAGCUCAGCAGUCGGAUAAGUGUAUGUCAAGUGGAAUUUGAAGCUGCGCUGAAGCAGACGCAGACACACAAGGAGGAAUGUGAGGAGGCCGAGCAGCUUUGCCUGCAGCAGAGGGAAGCUUUUAACAGCAUCGCAGAGGAAGCUGAGCCCAUUAAGACAUCAGAUGAGAGCACACAGUCCCUGACCCAAACCCAGGCCAACACCACACAGCCCGGAUCUCCUGAUGCCCCUGAUGUGCCACCACUCUGCACACCUGAAGCUUCUUGCUGUCCUCCUGCUCCGAAAAGAAGGGCUGAGCCAGAUAUGACUGACUAUCAGCGCUGUGUCCUGAACGACAUUAGUAACAAGCCAGAUGAAGAAGAACAUUUUCUUUUAAGUUUAGUUGGGGCUUUGAGACGCCUUCCUCCAUGCAGUCGAUCUGAAGUUAAAAUUAAAUUCCAACAGAUUUUACAUGAAGCAGAAUUUAACAAUCAGUAAAACACUCACAUAGACAUACAUACAUACAGACACACACAAAUACACACAAAAAUUCCCUUUGAAAUGAGACAGCAAAUUAAUACAUAUGUAACAAUCAAUAACUUUUUUAUUAUAAGUAAUUUUUUAUAUGACAGUUUGAUUGGUUUAUAAAUCUGUACAUGAAAAUUGAUCAUUAAAAUAAUUAUUAAAAGCA